CGGGAAAGUUGUAAUCAAACACUCACUUACAAAUUGAUGAACUUACCCAUCAACAUACCUUCGACCACGUAGAGUUGAUACUCUCGUUCUCAAAUCAUCCAAUUUCAAUCUAGUGGAGAAUCAAAACUAGGGAUUUCUCUCCUGACCAAUGCGGUGGUUGCUGCAGCGAACGGUUAGUUACUGCACUAGUUUGUUCAAUCACAGACAAGGGUUUGGUUUUAUUCAGACAUGUGGUCUAGUCAACGUAAAGCUAAAAUGGGUUAAAGACAAGGAACUCGACGCCGUCGUGGUCCGCGAAAAACAUCUCAAAGCAGUUUCCAACCUCGUUUCAAUCAUCUCAUCUUCUCACGACUCCAAAGCACCAAUCUUUCACCUAAACACUCACCGAGGUCAGCUCGGUCUCCCUCAAGAGCUAAAGCUUUCUGCUUUUAUAAGGAGAUACCCAAACAUCUUCGUGGAAGAUUCUUGUCGUGAUAGUGCAGGUACUCGUGUUCCUUGUUUCGGUUUAACCCCCGAGGCGAUAGAUCUUUAUAAUGAAGAAGUUAAUGUUGUGAGUGUGAAUGAAAAGGAUGUUUUGUCGAGGCUGUGUAAGCUUCUUAUGCUUACGAGUGAAAGAACACUUCCUCUACAUUCUGUUGAUCAUCUUAGAUGGGAUUUGGGUUUACCGUAUGAUUAUAAAGGUUCUUUGGUUCGUAAGCAUCAAGAUUUGUUUAGUUUGGUUGAGUUGUCUAGUGAUCUUAUCGGUUUGAAGUUGUUACAUUGGGAUGAAGGACUUGCUGUUUCUCAUUUGCAACUUAGGAGUGAUGGUGAUGGUGAUGGUGAUGGUGAUGGUAUGGCUUUCCCGGUUAAGUUUACGAGGGGGUUUGGGUUAAAGAGGAAGAGCAUGGAGUGGCUACAAGAAUGGCAGAGACUACCUUACACGUCGCCUUACGUCGACGCGUCUCAUUUGGAUGCGAGAACUGAUUUGUCAGAGAAGAGAAACGUUGGAGUGUUUCACGAGCUUCUUCAUCUGACGAUUGGGAAGAAGAUGGAGAGGAAGAACGUGAGUAAUCUUCGUAAACCGUUUGCGCUUCCGCAGAAGUUUACUAAAGUGUUUGAGAGGCAUCCGGGAAUUUUCUAUAUUUCUAUGAAGUGUGAUACGCAGACAGUGAUUCUUAGAGAGGGUUAUGAUAGGCGGAAGCUACUUGAGAGGCAUCCUCUUGUUGAUAUUAGGGAGAAGUUUGCGAGUAUGAUGAAUGAAGGGCGGCUUGAUAGAAGUAGAGGGAUGUAUAGGAAAUCUGUUGAAGUUGAUGUGGGGAUGAAGAGUGGCAAGAUUGUUUAUCCGAAUUGGUCUGAAGAUGAACAAGAAGAAGAGUCUGAACUUUAUCCUGUAGUUGAAGACACUGAUAUGGUGCCGGUAGGUCAGAGACCGAGGUGGCAGUAGUAAGUUGGACUGCAAUGUUUGCUACAGUGAAACCAAACAGGUCAUUGUGGAGAGAGUGUGAAAGAAGACCACAUUCUGCAUCUGACUGUAUCAACGUGAGCUUUAGGUGCAUCAAAUGGGGGUUUUCAUUUGAAUCAUUUCAAUUCAAUCUGGUCUUUCUUGUUGCCCUGUUAGUGUAAAUCUCAUUCCAUGAUACGCUACAGACAUAGGAGAUAGGACAAUGCUGCUUUAAUUGUUACCAGUUCUCCAAAAAGCGCAGGCACAAUGAGGGCGUGGCAUUGCAAAAGGAAGAAUGAGAAAAAUCACUUAGGACGUGUUAUGUUUUGACUGUUGAAAGCGAGCAUACACUUUUUAGCCAUGACAUUGUGUUUUCCUCAAAACAGGUUAGUCCAUAUUGUAAUUUUGACUCUCUCACAGCACAGAACAAAGUCAAGCCGUUGUUUGCUUUGAGCUUUGCAUAAAUUUAUUUGUUAUAAACUUACUAAGAAAUGCAAUAAUG